GUCUAUGGGGCAUUGGGCGCCCAGCAGUGCGAUUCUCGUGCCCGUGGCCGUCACACGCAUCGCGCGCUACACUUUCAGUUCCCCACAUUUUCCGACGCGAGCGCUCACGCUUAUAGCGCGCCUUAUAUUUGUGUAUGAACCGACAACCAUGAAAUCGUGUUUUAUCGAGUACAACACUCGGUUAUGACGACAGACUAGUUGAAGAGGUAGUUGAAGUUGUUCGCGACAAGGCUACCGUCACUGCAGUGCCGAUGACCAGCCGGUGCGGGACGCGAGCGCACCGCGAGCAUGUCGAACGCGACCGACGCGUACUGCGUGCCUGGCGCCACCAACUUCAACAAGGCGUACAGCCGCCUGCACGGCUACAUCGCGCUGGUGAUAUGCAUCGUCGGCUCCGCCACCAACUCUAUCAACAUCGCGGUGCUCAGCCGCCGCGAGAUGACCAGCUCCACCAACUCCAUCCUCACCGGCCUCGCCGUCGCAGACCUGCUAGUCAUGCUCGAAUACAUACCCUACGCGCUACACAUGAACAUCAAAAUUGGACCCCAAGUUAACAAGAACACUUACGCUUGGGCGGUGUUUGUUUAUUUUCAUUCAAUAUUCAGUCAAACGUUUCAUACAAUUUCUAUUUGGUUGGCGGUGACUCUGGCUGUGUGGAGAUACGUUGCGAUCGCGUUUCCCCAGCGGAAUAGCACCUGGUGUAGCAAGAAAAACACGACUCUCGCUAUCGUGAGCGCUUAUGUGAUAUGUCCUUUUUUGUGUCUUCCUAUCUAUUUCGCGAUGAAUAUAGUGCCCAGUGAAGUGACUGCUCAAAACAAUUCAGAAUUCGCAGAGGACCUGUCCCUGCCGGACAAUCGGACCGUUUAUGUUUUAGAAAUGUCCAAAAACGUACAAUUAGUUACAGCAAUCAUGUGGAUUUAUAGUGUAAUAUUAAAACUAGUUCCGAGUAUAGCGCUGUCGAUAUUGAGUACUUGUUUAAUAUCAAAGUUGACGACAACGGAGCGAAAGAGGCAAAAACUUCUGAAGCGUUCAACAAUCGGGCCGAAUGAGCCUGAGAAACAGUGCCUAGCGACGGAGGAGGCGUGCGCGCGACGAGCCAGUCGCACGGAUCGCACGACGCGCAUGCUCCUAGCCGUGCUGGGCUUGUUUCUGUCCACGGAGGUGCCUCAAGGUCUGCUGGGGCUGGCCAGCGCCCUCGCUCCAGACUUCUUUAAGAGCUGUUAUAGCAUGUUUGGUGACCUGAUGGACGUGCUAGCACUGUUCACGUCAUCAGUGAACUUCGUCCUCUACUGCAGCAUGAGCCGGCAGUUCCGCUGCACCUUCGCUCGGCUGGCCAGACGUAUGCUGUCAGCCGCCGAGGAGCCAGCCAAACUAGCUAAUAAGUUAGAACCGACCACGCAGGUAUCACAAUGUCACCGGGCCGCUAUAGCGCCAAAUUCCCACCCUCAUAAGGGUGGUAGAAGAGAGUAUUAUAUAAAUAACGAUACAGGUACAAUUGCUCUCUACAACUUCGACAGCGUAAUUCACAAUCCUAAGUAGCAUUUAUUUUAUAGGUAGCUAUCAUAAGAAUUCUAAUAAUUACCAUUCUAAGCCGUAGUCACACGUUACUAGAUAAUAAUUAUGUAAAUAUUUUAAGCCAAAGCUAGGAAUAACAUUGUAAUUUGUAUCUUAAUUAAAUAGAUUUGUAACUUAGUUUUUGCGUCUUAUGAGCCGUGACGCAAAAACUAACUUCUUCAAACUGUUACAAUUUAAACUGUAAAUAUUUUUACAACGUUAUUUUUUAAUUAUUAAAACUAUUGUAGAACGGAUUAAUGUAGUUUUACUUAGGGUCCAAUGAUAUGCAUAAUUUUUAAAUGUAAAUACUUUAUUACUUUUGUGAACAUUUGCAUUUAUAUCGAAUUUCUCUGAUAGACAAUUAUGUUGUUUGUGAAUAUUGUAACGAAUUUAUAUUAUAAUUGUCAAAUAAAAUUGCAUUUUUAUAUAAAUAAUGUAAAAAAUUAAGGUGUUUCUUUCGAUGUAUGCUGAUCUGCUCUUAUCGAACAUUUUAGUGUAAUGUACCUUACAGCUUAGCCACCAAAGCAUGUACCAAAGUUGAAUGUAAAAGGUAAAACCUACGUGUUCAUUGUUCGCACCAUUAUUAUCAUAUUAAACCGAUUAAUUUUCUAUUAAA